AUUUUUUCUCAUACUUUGUUCUUAUUUAUAUUGAAGCCUAACAUGACCUUGAUAUUAUUUUUGCAACAAACUAUCAAGACUAACAUAUUACAAGAAAGUGAAAACUAACUAUAUCGAACAUGGACUGGAGGACUUCUUUAGUGGUGCUCAGCAUCCUUUAUCACGUUAACGGAUUCUCGAAAUAUGGUCGAACAUGCAAAGACAUCGGAUGCCUUAACAGCGAAGUGUGCGUGCUGGCCGAAGAUCCUUGCUCAUAUGGGCGGGCUUCAGAUUGCGGGACAUAUCCAACAUGUAAAAAGAAGACUCAAGUUGAAGGUUCACACUCGGAACCAGCACGACCAUCCGUCCCCAAACCUGUACCACAAUCUCCCACACGUGAUUUUGAUUCACCGCCUAGCUAUCCUGCCCCUGCACCACCGACUAAUACCCAUAGUGGUUCUCCAUACGGUAGUAACGUACCGAGUGGAGGAAAUUCACCAUAUGGUAGUAGAUCACCUUACGAUAAUUCUCCCUAUGGCAACAAUGGCGGAAGUUCUCCUUACGGUGGAAAUUCUCCUUAUGGUGGAAGUUCUCCUUACGGUGGAUCACCUUAUGGAGGAUCGUCUAAUAGAGGAGGCAGUCAACACGGGGGCGGCUCAAAUCCUUACAGCCCAAGCACCAAUGGUGGAUUCGGAGGCACUGGCGGAAAGAGUCCUUUAGACAGCAUUUUUAAUACAUUGAAUAAUUUCGCUAACGGUGGCAGUACUGGAAGCGGUUCUGGCAGUUCUAGCGGAAGCGGCCUUUCGAACAUAUUCGGAAACAUUCUCGGUAAUUUGUCUAAAAGUGGAGGCUUAAAUGGAUUGUUCAACACAAGACCGAUAAUGGAGAAUCCAAGUUAUUCCUCGUAUAGCUCUAAUUCGAGGAGUUCUAAUCCCCAAAAUUAUCCAUCAGGAAACAGUGCUCAGCCGGCAUAUCAGCAGCCGAAUUAUAAUAAGAAUUAUGGGCAAAACAAUGCCCACCGCAGUGGAGCCACUACGAGAAAGCCAGUACAUUAUGGCUGGAAUGUUAGUGUGACAGUGAUUUUCACGUACCUGAUACAACUGUACAUCCAGAACAUUAUAAGGAAUUAAUUAUAUUAUGUAAUUUAACACAUAUUAAUUUUUAAGAUAUUUUAACAGAAAUGACUUUAUUGUUCGUUACCGCAAAAUAUUUUUUUCUAUAAUAAAAUAUAUUUAUUA